GAAGUAGCCGGUUCCCUGGGAUACCGCCCGGGCUGGUUGAGGCGGAGGGCGGGUUGUAGUGGCAGGAGUCCGGCACACCAUGGCCAGUGUCCACGAAAGCCUCUACUUCAACCCCAUGAUGACCAAUGGCGUGGUCCAUGCCAACGUGUUCGGCAUCAAAGACUGGGUGACGCCGUAUAAGAUCGCGGUGCUGGUGCUGCUGAACGAGAUGGGCCGCACGGGCGAGGCUGCCGUGAGCCUCAUGGAGCGGCGGAGGCUCAACCAGCUGCUUCUGCCUCUGCUGCAGGGCCCAGAUAUUACACUGACUAAACUGUACAAGUUAAUUGAAGAAUCUUGUCCUCAGCUUGCAAAUUCAGUACAAAUCAGAAUCAAACUGAUGGCUGAAGGCGAAUUGAAGGAUAUGGAACAAUUUUUUGAUGACCUGUCAGAUUCUUUUUCUGGAACUGAACCAGAGGUUCACAAAACAAGUGUAGUAGGCUUAUUUCUGCGUCACAUGAUCUUGGCCUACAGUAAGCUUUCUUUUAGCCAAGUGUUUAAACUGUACACUGCCCUUCAACAGUACUUCCAAAAUGGUGAGAAAAAGACAGUGGAGGAUGCUGAUAUGGAACUGACCAGCAGAGAAGAGGGCGAAAGAAAAAUGGAAAAAGAAGAACUUGAUGUGUCCAUAAGAGAAGAGGAGGUAUCUUGCAGUGGGCCCCUGUCCCAAAAACAAGCGGAGUUUUUUCUUUCUCAACAGGCCUCUUUGUUAAAGAAUGACGAAACUAAGGCCCUCCCUCCAGCUUCUUUGCAGAAAGAAUUGAACAGCUUGUUGAAAUUUAAUCCUGAUUUUGCUGAAGCGCAUUAUCUCAGCUACUUAAACAACCUCCGGGUCCAAGAUGUGUUUAGUUCUACACACAGCCUCCUGCAUUACUUUGACCGCCUGAUUCUUACGGGAGCCGAGAGCAAAAGUAACGGGGAAGAGGGCUACGGCCGGAGCUUGAGAUACGCUGCUCUGAACCUGGCCGCCCUGCACUGCCGCUUCGGACACUAUCAACAGGCGGAGCUCGCCCUGCAGGAGGCAAUCAGGAUCGCCCAGGAGUCCAACGAUCACGUGUGUCUCCAGCAUUGCCUGAGCUGGCUCUACGUGCUGGGGCAGAAGAGGUCCGAUAGCUAUGUUCUGCUAGAACAUUCUGUGAAGAAAGCAGUGCAUUUUGGGUUACCGUACCUCGCCUCCCUGGGCAUACAAUCCCUAGUUCAGCAGAGGGCUUUUGCUGGGAAGACAGCAAAUAAACUGAUGGAUGCUCUAAAGGACUCUGACCUCCUGCACUGGAAACACAGCCUGUCAGAGCUCAUCGACAUCAGCAUCGCCCAGAAAACGGCCAUCUGGAGGCUCUAUGGCCGCAGCACCAUGGCGCUGCAACAAGCCCAGAUGUUGCUGAGCAUGAACAGCCUAGAGUCGGUGAAUGCGGGCGUGCAGCAGAACAACACGGAAUCGUUUGCGGUCGCGCUCUGCCACCUCGCAGAGCUGCAUGCGGAGCAGGGCUGUUUCGCUGCAGCUUCCGAGGUAUUAAAGCACCUGAAGGAAAGAUUCCCACCGAAUAGUCAGCAUGCCCAGUUAUGGAUGCUCUGUGAUCAGAAAAUACAGUUUGACAGAGCGAUGCACGAUGGCAAAUAUCACUUGGCUGACUCACUUGUUACAGGAAUCACAGCGCUUCAUAGCACUGAGGGUGUGUAUAGCAGUUGUACUACAGGCUCAGAAUCAAAUGACAGAGGCACACAAGCUUUUACAGAAAUUAUUGAUUCAUUGUCAGAAAAUCAGGAACACAGAAAUGGUGAUCAGUGUCCUGCUGUCUGUGGCAGAGCUGUAUUGGCGAUCCUCCUCCCCUACCAUUGCACUGCCCGUGCUCCUGCAGGCGCUGGCCCUCUCCAAGGAGUACCGGCUACAGUACUUGGCCUCUGAAACAGUGUUGAACUUGGCUUUUGCCCAGUCUGGGAAUGCAGUCUCCAUGGCAGGCCCUCCACUGUGAACUUGGAAAUUUGGAGCUGUGAACUUGGUGUCAGGCUGACACCUCCCAGUGGCACUGGCUGCGUAUUCAGUAAAGGGGACUCGCCUCUUCAUUGAGGACAUUUGCAUCAUAUUAAUGGUUAGCUGGCCCAGAGCUAUGCUUGAUUUAACAAGGGAAUGAAUAGAAUAAAGAAGUGAGGGAGUCAUAUAUUCAUUGAAAGGUUUUAGAAAUGAAAUUUUUUUUAAUGUUUGUUUUCUGUCUCCCUUUGUAGAAUGGAAAGGCUAUGAGAGAAGGGACACUUGUUUUUUCCCUACUGUAUCCCAUGGUACCUAGUAGGACCUACACAUAGAGUAGGCUUUUAAUAUUUAUAGAAUGAAUAAUUUUUUCUUAAGUUCAUGCUCAGCUAGUGUGGCUCAAUAGUUGAGCGUCAACCUAUGUACCAGGAGGUCACAGUUGGAUUCCCAGUCAGGGAACAUACCCAGGUUGUGGGCUCGAUCUCUAGUUGGGUCAUGCAGGAAACAGCCCAUCAAUGCUUCUCUCUCAUCAUUGAUGUUUCUCUCUCUCUCUCCCUCUUCCUUCCUCUCUGAAAUCAAUAAAGAUAAUAGAAAAAAUAAAAUUCACGAGACAUAAAAGUCAUAAUUUUAACCAUUUUAAAAUAUACAAUUAAGUGGAUUUUAGAAUAUCUAUAUUAUAUUAUAGAUAUAUACUAAUAUUUGUCUAUAUAUAAUAUUUUAGAAAAUCUACAGUGUUUUGCAACAAUCACACUAUCUACUUCUAGAUUAUUUUCAUUACACCAAAAAGAAACCCUUUUCCCAUUAGUCACUCUCAUCCCCUCCCUCCAGGCCCUGGCAACCAUUAAUUUACUUUCUGUCGCUAUAGAUUUGCUUAUUCUGUGUAUUUCAUGUAAUGGAAUCAUACAAUAUCUGGCCUUUUGUGUCUGGCUUCUUGAUUUAGUGUAAUCUUUUCAGGGUUCAUUCAUGUUGUAGCAUGUACUACAUCCCUUUUACAGCUGAAUCAUAUUCCAUUGGAUGUAUACAUGUUUCAUUUAUCUAUUCAUCAGUUGAUGGACCAUUGGGUUGUUUCACCAUUUGCCUAUUAAGAAUAGCUGAUCUCAACAUUCACAUACAAGUUUUUGUGUGGAUAUUGUUUUAUUUCUCUUGGGUAUACUUGAGAGUAGAAUUGCUAACAUAUAAUAAUUCAGUUUAACUUGAUUUAUUUAUUUUUUAUUAAACUACUGUUGGAUUCCUGGGAUAAAUCCCAGAUGGUUGUGGUGUACAAUUCUUUUAAUAUGCUGCUGGAUUUGGUUUGCUAAUAUUUGUUGAGGAUUCUUUCUCCUGUAAUCAUAAGAUUACAUUCUUUUUCAUCUAUUCUGCCAGUCUUUCUUUUAAUUGAAAAGUUUCAUUCAUUUAACAUAAUUAUGCAUAAGAAUGGACUUAUUCUAUUUUGCUAUUUUUUUGCUAUAUGCUUACAUCUUUUUUGUUCCUCAUAUCUGCCAUUACUGCUUUCUUUUGUGUUAAAUAGAUGUUUUCUAGCAUAUCAUUUUAUUUAUUUUAUUUA